AUGGCGCAUCCGUCGCAGCGGCGGUGUAGCGGUGGCCGUCACCGUGCUACUGUGAUGUGCGCCCUCCUAGCUGUCAUUUUUGUUCUGGGGGAUCUCUACGAUGCCUCCGCACGUGCUCAAGAGCAAGUGCGUGGACUUGCAGAACUUGAGCGCGGCUCCCUUCGACAAGCAGCCGAAAGCCUUGGCCGCGGAUACAAUCUCUACAAAGCCGUGGACAAGGACGGAAUCUUAGACAGCGAAGGUUCACAGAGUCGCUCUGACGAGGAGGCCAUAAACACGGAAACCGCUGCUUCGAGUGGUGCGGCAUCCUCCAUCUCGAAGGCGGAAGACAAUCCGUCUAUCGAGAGUGAUUUGUCGUCCUCUGCAGCUACGACUGACGCCGGCACGGCGGAGUGGAGCACCAGUUUCCAUUCCGAGUCUGUCAGCGCCAGCCAAAACCCUGGCUCGUCGUCUUCUGCAAGGAGCAGCUAUCCCUUCACCACGUCUUCUUCCUCUGAAACAAACAAAGCGGAUCAACCAGGAGAUGGGUCCCCCAGCACCACUCUGACGAACACUACCACAACGGCAACCACGGAGACACCAACAGCGAAGCGUCCGGCGGAUGAUCAUGGUAGGGGCACUGCAGUGGUUUUAUUUUUCUUCAUUCUCUUGAUUGCAGGCCUCAUCAUGUACGGUGCGCGGCUUUGCCCAAGCGCGUGCCCGUUCGUUACCCAAAAUGGCGGCGACCGUUGUAGCGGACCGCACUCGUUCAUCCAGCAGCAACACCCACGCUAUACCACGCUACGCGGCGACGACAAUGCCUACCGUAGGAUGGAGCGGAGCAGCGCGGUUGCCGGGGCCGCAGCCGGCGGCCGAAAACCGAGACGCUUCUACCAGCCGCAACGCGGCGGCGGUGACAGCGAAGGCCAGUGUGACAUCUUCGUCGAACUGAAAGACAAACCCACCAAGGCGGUACGAAGCGCCGGCGCACGCCUCAGCGAUGACGCCACGGAUUCUUUUAGCCUUAUGGUAGACAACAACCCAGCAGCAGAGAAUGGACUCAUUGGUUCUUUGGCUUCCUCGGCCGGGCCAGUGACUGUGCAAGUCCCCACGCAGUCCAAGAGCUCGCUGAUGUCACUGCGGAAGGGCAAGCUGGGCCUCGUGUCGACUACUCCGGCGGCCUCUUUUUCCUCGGGUUCGACGACAGAAAUGACGGGCUCAAACGCAAGAAGCCCGCUUUACCGCCCCACUGCAGACACACGCUCCGGCCAUGCCGAAGCUGUCGCUAUGCCGCCGACCACAACGCAGCCACGCGUUGAGGACGAUUGGGAGUGGUAA